CGUUAGGAUAGAUUUGAAAAGUCAAAGAACCUCAAGGAGUCGUCCAUCCCUCUUAUCAUUUAAUUUCUAUUAACUAAAACAUAAAAAUAAUAUUUAAACUUUUCUAACUGGCAGCCAAACUCUGACCAUUUCUACGUUCAAAUUAAAUAAGAAACAACCAUAAAAACUCAUCAUAUCUCCAUAUAUAACAACACAGAUGAACCUUUUGCUCAUUACAAGUUCACAACAACAACGAAAAAGCAACUACUAAACCUUCUCUUCACUUCCUCUCUUUACAUCAUCUUAUAGACUUUUCUACCUUUCACAGUUAAUUAAGACAAUCAAGAGAUGCAAAUGCUAAGAAGCUUUAGCACUAGGACAAGAAGCCGUCGUGGAGGCUACCAGCGAGUAAGUGAUGAUUCAACUUUCAGCUUACUCGGAGCCAAGCUAAGAAGAUCGACGAGUGUUCCUUACUACGCUCCAUCUAUAAAGCUUGGUGCUGGUGGUGCUCCGACCAUCCUCGAGGAAAUUCCUCGUCAAAAAUCCAAGAAAGUCAAACCAACAAGCAAAUUUAGCCACCCUAUCUUUAGCUUUUUAUACGGAAAGAAGAAGAAGUCAACGACUAGGAAGCCUGAGUUUUCUAGGUAUCUUGAGUAUUUGAAAGAAGGUGGCAUGUGGGAUGCUAGAUCUAAUGCUCCUGUUAUUUAUUACAAGUAGAUAAUGAAUAUAUAGAAAUGAAAAUUCAAGAAAAUUUUAAGUCUUCGUUUAGUUCAAAUGAGUUUAUAUCUUUAAAUUUGUGAUGAUAUUUGUAUAUUAUAAUUAUCGAUUCAUUCAUUUGAUUUAUAAGAAUACAAAUCUUGGAAGCAAAAUUGUAUGUUUCUGAGAA